AUGGCAUCCGGAUUCAACUUUCCUCCCACAGGAGCACCCAACGUCAACAGUUCCACCCCUCUGAGGCCCUACUAUGGCUCCCCUUUAGACUCGCCUCUCCAGCAGUACUACCAGCAUACCUCCCAGCUCGAAGAAGAGCUCUCCCACCAUUCCGAACUCAACUCUCAGGAAGCAGCCCGUGAGUUGCUUAGCUAUGGGAUGAUCAAGUACUUGACCCUGGCCAUCGCCACUCCCUUUGAGAAUGCACAGACUAUCCUUCAAGUCCAGUACCUGCCCAACGACGAUGGAGCACGCUCAUCUGGUAACGAUGAUUCGAGUGCUGCCGAGGAGAGACGCGACGAAGAGUUCAGGCGAGCACAGGAAGAGGCAGAGGAAGAAGAGUACUUCAACAGCGGAUCAGGCUCGGGAGGCUAUUACUCCAGCUAUUCUCGGCGUGGUACCUCUGCCGAGGACUUUCCUUCUUCUCGAUCCAACGCCAAUCGUCUCAACCCUAGCGAUGCCGUCUUUCACGAGCGCAAGGAUAUUGAUCAGUCGGGAUAUCUCAUUCGCGCGGAUUUGUACGAUGAUGAUUCUAGACCCGCCUUCCAGCUGGCGCCUAUUGAAGGAGGUGUCUGGAAGACUGUUACAGAUCUUGUCAAGCACCCCACGGAGGGAUGGUUCUCUCUCUGGAAGGGACAAUACACAAACUGGGUGUACGAGAUUCUUCACUUGUUCGCCCAGCCAACAUUGGAGGCGACAUUGAACGAUACAUUCGACCUGUAUGACGACACAAUUCCACUGGUGCACCUGGAUCGCUUUGGACCCAACAUGGCGACCAUGGUCACCUCGCAUUUGGUCGUCGGACUUAUUCUCUCGCCCUUGGAACUGGUUCGCACACGACUUGUGGUGCAGACUGCAGAUCCUACUCAGAAAAAAUACACAGGAAUGGUUAACUGUAUUUCGACCAUCAUCUCGGAGGAGGGGGUGUCGGCGCUUUGGGGAGGUGUCAACCUUGUCCCGACAGUUCUCUACCACACCCUCACGCCCCUCAUCGCCAACUCUAUCCCCUUGGUGAUUGACCGCGUCUUCAACAUUUCAGCCUCAGAUUCGCCCCUGCUCUUCUCGGUUGCAGAAUUGGUCUUGGAGACGCUGGACCUCUUGAUCCGUCUGCCUUUGGAGACGGUCAGGAAGCGUCUUCAAAUUCAGAUCCAGGCCAAGAUCCCUGGCAAGCGGUAUGAGACGGUGAUUGAGACGCGUAAGAGGCCGUAUUCUGGAGUGAUCGACUGUGUGUACAAGAUCAUUCAGGAGGAGGGUGGCCAGCACAAGCGUCUUUCGAGCAAGAAGUCGGAUGAUGGUGAGGUUACAUUUGUCGAUAGACCCUGGUACAGCUCCUGGGGAGUUCGAGGCCUGUACACUGGCCUUGGUAUGCAUAUGACUAGCAACCUUGCCAUGUUUGCCGUCGGUGCUGUCACCAGUCUCCAGGACGAUGGCGACGACUGGUAG